UAAGAUUAUCCCAGUGCGAGCAAAGUGUUUUAUUGAAAAGAGAAACAUGCUGUCAUGGUUAUAUCGGACGUGCAGGUGUGAGAAGGCGAAAACGUGUGUGGGGCUGGAGUCAGCCCGGGCUCUGAUGGUGUUCAGUUCACAGCGCACAGUCAGCAGGGCUCGGUUUGGGGGAAGGGGGUGCGGGGGCUGCCUGUUGAAUCCCUGCCUUGGGUCUCUCUGUGAAACAAAAGGGUGAAGCGCCUGUGCAGACUCGGUGAUGUAGCCACGUUAAUCGAGCUGGGCUCCAGUGGGAGGGUCAGAUCCAGUGGCUGUGCAGCCAGAGCAGGGGGAGGAGCGGGACUGGCAGCUUGAUUCUCUCUCUCUCUCUCUCUCUGCACAGCUCAGCCCCACCCGCAGUCGCCGGAAGUUUUAUUUUCCCCUCCCUCUAGCAGGAGGGUUUUUUUUACUCUUAAAAAAAGGCUCGGCAUCUGCGGAAGUGAGUGCUAGUCUUUUUGUGUGUGUGUGUGAGUGAGAGAGAGAGAGGGGGGUGGGGGGAGGGUGCUUGUUCAACAUGGCUGCAAAGUCGGACGGCAUGGGAGGGACAGCGUCCGUCUCGUUGCAGAAUUUAGGUCAACGCCCAGCGGAGAGUGAGUGCGGGGAGAGGGGCUUGUCAUCCUCGUCCGCCGGGGCCCUCGCCCUCGCCCCCGCCGCCGCCGCCGGCGCCUCGUCCUCCUCCUCCCAUUGUUGUGAGCCGGGCUCCGGCUGCUGUCACAGCUCCUGUGUCAACUCGGUGCCUCGCCAGCGGGAAGAGUACUCCUUGGCGGACUGCUGCUGGAUCCUGGGCGCCUUGCUGGUCUUCUUCUCGGAUGGAGCGACCGACGUGUGGCUGGCCGUGGACUAUUACUUCCAAGGCGACUACUGGUGGUUCGGGCUGACGCUCAUGUUCGUGGUGGUGCCGUCCCUGGUGGUGCAGGUACUGAGUUUCAGGUGGUUCGUCUACGACUACACCAACAGUAGCGGUGGGAGCAGCGCCCGAGCCCGGGCUGCAGCGGCGGCGGCGGCGGCAGGAGGAGGAACUGGCCCUGAUGAAGCAGCCGAUCAUUUCAGCACCAAGGAGAGCGAAGCGGGGCAGCGCCGGGCUACCCGCACUUCGACCUGCUGCCGCUUGUGCAUGUGGUUCCUGCAGUCUCUCAUCCACAUCCUGCAGCUCGGGCAGGUCUGGAGGUAUCUCAGAGCUAUGUAUCUUGGAAUUCAAAGCCGUUGGCACAAAGAACAUGAGCGUCGACACUUUUACUGGAGAAUGAUGUUUGAGAGUGCUGACGUAAACAUGCUGCGUCUGUUGGAGACCUUUCUUAAAAGUGCACCGCAGCUUGUCCUGCAGCUCAGUAUUAUGGUGCAGAGAAGCCACAUUGGCACCUUGCAAGGUCUAUCCGCAGCAGCAUCACUACUAUCCCUUGCUUGGAUGAUUGCUUCCUACCAGAAGGUUCUGCGUGACUCCAGAGAUGACAAAAUGCCUAUGUCCUACAAGGCUGCUAUCACACAGAUUCUUUGGCACCUCUUCACCAUUGCUGCUCGAGUAAUUGCGUUUUCCUUGUUUGCCUCCGUUUUCCAAUUAUAUUUUGGAAUCUUUAUUGUCAGUCACUGGUGCAUCAUGACCUUCUGGAUCAUUCAUGGGGAAACAGACUUCUGUAUGUCCAAGUGGGAGGAGAUCAUUUAUAAUAUGGUUGUUGGAAUUAUCUACAUUUUUUGUUGGUUUAAUGUAAAGGAAGGGAGAACUCGGUGUCGAAUGCUCAUCUACUACUUCAUUACAUUUUGUGAAAAUGCUGCCUUGACUGUGCUGUGGUACUUGUACAGAGAUUCCCGUACAACAGACUUUGAAGCCUUAAUAAUAGUUUGUGUAGUGUUCAGUAGUUUUGCUCUUGGAAUAUUCUUCAUGUUUAUAUAUUAUGGUGCUUUGCACCCAAAUGGACCAAUGUUUGGGUCACAAGGAGGGUGCAUUGAUGGUGGAGACCAAGACACUGCAACACAUAUACCUGCACAGGUUAUAACAGUUCCUCCCCGAGCAAUGACCCAGUGUCGGACUACAGUUGGCGAACAAGCGCCAGCUGAUCGAGACAGUUGUAUUCCUGUUUUCCAGGUAAGGCCCAGUGUGCCCCCAACACCAGUGUCACGCACACUGCGAACAGAAGGGCCUGUUAUCAGGAUUGACUUGCCCAGAAAACGGUAUCCUGCUUGGGACGCGCACUUUAUUGACAGGCGGCUGCGUAAAACCAUCCUGGCCUUGGAAUACACCUCACCUGCCACUCCACGUCUCCAGUACAGAAAUCUUAGCUUCACACAUGAAGUACUGGAAUAUGAAACUACCGUGUAGUCGCAUACAAGCAGAGCUAGGUGCAUGGAAUAAGUUUACCCUUCCAAAAGGGUUCAAGCCAAUGUAGAUUGAUGGUGCAGUGCAGGGGUCACCCAACACUGAUCUUGCUGCAUCAUAAUAGUGUGCAGGAGGCCUGUAUCCACAAAUGUGUCUUCAAAGGAGUUGUAAAAGGUAUUGAUGCAACAUUCCAACUCUGGUCGAGUGGGAUGGUCAGGUUUUUUUUUUGUUCUUGCCUUUUAUAGUAAAUGGUCUAAUGGUUAUCAAAAAGAAGUGAAAAUGGUGUGCUGAAGAUGGCAUCACUUGAUCAUGAACGGUUGCACGCUGGUAACUGAAUGCUAUCUUGAGUUUUUAAGUGGAAGUCCCAAACUUCUGUUUGUUGUCUGAUUAUUUGCAAAAAAAGAAGUAUCAUGGUUUGCAUGUUAUGGUUGAAGAAUCAUGUCCAAAUUUUACUGCAGCUUAUUCUCCUUAACUGAAAGUUUUCUUUUUAACCUUUAACAAACUAUUUGCCAAGCAGUGACCAAAUGUGAAAUUAAUAACAGUACAACUAUGAUACUAUGUAGACGUUGGACAGCAGAUGUUGUCUGAGCUUUCAAUAUCCAUGUAUCCCGUAUGUAUAAUUUUGUUGGAAGCAGAAUAGAACAUUGACUUUAGUUUGAAGGUAUGAUGGUUCUGACAAUGGAAGAAUGUUAUGCACUCUAUUGAAAGAACUAUUAAAAAUAGCAUAGACCAUUACAGUAACUGGGUUAUGUAUUGUGACAGACAUUGAAAUGUAAGAAAUGUAAAGCUGCAAUAUAGAAUAGCAAGAUAUCAUGACAUUUUUAAGCAUUUAGCAAAACAUUUGACACUUUUUUAUUCUUGUGUCACUUUUAAUAUUUUAUUUAAAAUUGUGCAAAUACUACAGAGCAAAUUCUCAGGAAAUAUGGCUUCAAAUCAUAUUUAAAAUAUAGUGAAUUCUGAAAUUUUUGUGUUGGAGUCUCUGAAUAAAUUUUAUUUUCAAUACUCACAAAUUGUUAUGAGCUGUAUGCAGUACAAUAUUUUUAUAGAUGUAUUCUGUUGAAAUGUCAGAUUUACUUUCUAUAUUAUACUGCAGCUUUAAGCAGUGAAUGGGUGAGCAUCCCUGUAAAGUUACAUUAAUCAAAACAACCAGCCUGUCUUUUUGGGAAUACUUGUGUCUGAAUCAGAAAGUCCACUCCAGUAAUGGGUUAUCAACCUCUAAGUCUAACCCAUGCUGUUUAUACGUCAGUUUACCAAGCUACUUGGUCCUUGCAUUCAAAGACGUGGCAAGGAAAAGACAGGCAGGGUUCGUUACUGCUACAUCAUAUUGUGUUCUCUAAUAAGGUGCAUAUCUACAUGAGAUGGUACAAUGAUUGGAGUCAGAAUACUGUGCCAAAUCAGAAGAGUGUUGCCUUUCACCUGUCUGUUAAGUAAUUGCAUGAAAUUAAAUAUUUCCAUGAUAUUGCUGAAGCAGACACAAGGUAUAUGUCCAGUCUGAUUGCAAGGCAGUGAAACGGGUGCUAAUUCACAGCUGUAGUGUAUGAAGAUUGAAGAAUGAAUGCUUUUUAGGAAUAAACACAUUUUACCAAGGGCUUUUUGUUCCAUAUGGAGGUUUAAAUCAAGCACCAGUGCUGCCUGUAGUGUAGAUAUUCAGUGUCACUUAAUGUUGUCUAAAUAUGAAAAGGCUAAGGUCGUAAACUAUAGUGUAUAGCUUGCAGUGCUUUACUGUUAAGAUUCAGGAAAGAAGCUUUUAAACGUAGUUUGACAAUAUUCAAGUUGUUUCAGAAUUAUAAGGACUCCAUCAGUAUGAAAUAAACCUCAUUUUCUUUUCUCAUGCAAAUCCCUCUAAUUGAUAGACAACUUGCAUUUACUUUGAAAUUAGUUUAUCAAAAGAAUAAAAGAACAAAACCACUUUACUGUUGCCAUAUAUCACAUUUUUCACAAUUAAUUUUGGAAAUUCUACCUGUGUAGAAAUGUGCAACUUUGCAGUGAAGAAAAUGACACAAAUCAGCUUAGUAAUUAAAUCCAUUCAUGUCCUUAGAAUUUGCCUCUCAGGAGCAUUUUAAAAACUGACAUUUAAUUCUAUAUUUAAGCUGUGGUACUAACAUAAAAGUUUUAUAGCAGCACUGAUUCAUGGGAAAUUAGAUGUGGCAUAGAUAUAAAGUAGGUUAUCAACUAUACUGUUGUAACUCUGCUGAGAGCCAACAGGAUGUAACCGGGCCAAUGAAGUAACACUGGUGCUUACCUUGAGAUUUGUGCAAUUAAUUCACAAAAAACUUUGAAAUGGAAUGGAAUAAUCCUGCAAUAUAUCAUUAAUGAACACUUUCUAAUGGCACACACGAUAAUCAUGCUGAUCAAUGGUAGAAAAGUAAAGUCUUGUUACUCUUAAAAGUAGAAUGGUAUUUUGAUGAUUAGAAAAAGAUUUGAAACUCAUAAUGUAAAAGAAAGCAAUAGGCAAACUGAUAUACUAAUUAAAAAUUAAACAGCAAAAUGAUAAGAAAAACACUUCUGAUUUUUAGCCACAAGGAGAAAUCACUGGAAUAGGUGAAAUACAUGUGAAAUUUAUUGAAGAAUUUCAGUUAAACUUUAAUUUUUUGUAAAACACAUAAGGAUAAAACUAUGGGUAUAUGUUCAAGAUACUAAUUAUUAAAACAUUUUUGUUCAAUGUUUCUUUGUUAAACUAUAAUGAGUGAGAUUAUGAUUAGAGGCACUGACAAUAAUGAUACCUGUUGCCACAAUUGCUGUAUCUUAAAAUGUUUGUUUAACUAUAUCACUAAUUUGAAGCCUUACAUUUACACACCACUAUGAACCAGACUGUUGUUUAUUGCCUGAUGCAAAAACUAGUGAGAAGACGUUAACCAGUGCCUGCUUAGGGUCCUCAUACAGUCUAAUUAGUAAGGGCACUGCCCAGUGUAGCACUGAUCCCAGUUGUGAUUGCUAGUCUGUUUUUGUUUUCAUGGGCCUCAUCUGACGUGGAUGUAGGAGGGCUAAAUUUCACUUUAGUAACAUCAUGCUAGGCAAUAGGGAAAAUACACCCAAAGUUGUCACUCAGUUAGCUAUAAAUGACUUAUGCUGGAAAAUGCAUUGUUUUGAUGCCAGCUAAAGACAAGAUUUGACUCAUUCUGUUGUCCCCAUUAAUCAAGUAACUAAUCAAGCUACUAUUUUGAUUCAUACUUGCAGUGUGCAACAGGUUGAACUGACAGUGUACGUUGAUGCCUGUGGAAGCACAACCCAGCAAUUUCUGUGCUAGCCAACAGUUUGGGGGAGAACAUUUGAGCAGGGAGAGUAAUAGUGCCUGGGCACCAAAAGGAAUGAGAUUGAUAUUUUAGGUAGAACUGGCUAAUUGAUAAUGAUUGCAAGUGUCAGCUUACACUAUUAGUAGCUUUUAUUUGCAAUGUUACUAAUUAAGUAUAUUAUUCAAACUGCUGUAUGUGAAUAUUACAGCAAGGCACUAUAAUUGCGGGAGCCAAUAGCCAAUUUAUUGCAAGUGCUAACAUAAAUUUAGUCUUUAUACAGAUCAAGUGUGCUAAAAUAAUAUACAUUGGGGACAAUGAAUCCAAUUGGGAAUGCUGAUCAGCUAAUGACACCAAAUUGUGGAGUGAACAAAAUGGCAUUAAACAGAUACAGGUACAUGUUAGAGCUUUUUGGGAGAUGUACUAAUCACAGUGAAACUUCAAUAGGGAAAGCAGAUAUAAUAUUGCAUUGUUCAAACAGUGUGUUGAUCAAUUGUAGCCAUGUUAUAAAAUUCAUCUUUGUGUGGGGAUAACACAUGCAAUUAUUAGAAAUCUAUUUAUUAUGGGCAUUAACAUUUUUUCACACCUUGGAAAACCAAUAUAAAGGGACUAAUAAUAGAACACAGGUUUGAUGUCUUCUGCUAAUAAAUAAAGCUGACUUCAGUAAGAGGACAGAUUAUAAACCAUCUCCAAAGAAAGUCUAUGUGGUGGCUAUAAUAUAUUUGUAACUGCAUGAAUGCAAAACUCAAUGAGAUUUAUCAAAAUUCUUUUAACUCUAUUGCAAUGUCAUUGCUGUAUGAGAUUAUUAGUUUUAAGACAAUUUUAAGUUUGAUCAAUGGCAUUAGCUUCAGAGUCAAUGAGAUUAACAAAGACUGUAAUGAAAAAUACAAUGAUUAUUUAUAAAAUUAUUUACAAUUAUAACUAUACAAAAUGUGCCAUCUGAAUGCUCAUAUCUUGUUCCAUGACCUGAUCGGCUGUUUUUAUUUUUAUUGGAAUAUCUACCUCAGAUGUUUGUCAUAAAAUUUUCCCAUGUUUCUGUUGUCCCUAAACCAAAAGAGAGAAUUAAUAAUUAUUGUACCAUAAUGUAGUGAAGCAGAGUAAAAACUAUUUCCUGGAUUGUACAUUCAUUUUUCUUUGUGCUAUUUUGGGGUGAUAUUUGAGAAACUAAUUCUGUGUUAUGUUUACCUAACCAAGUAAAACAAUGCUUCAGUUUGAGAAAGAUGAAGUAGAUGUGCCCAUGCUGUGACUCAUAUUUUGACGUUGCUGUCGCCUACCUUCUCACCUCAGCAAUGGCGCUUUGUGCACUUUGGUUAUUCCAUUUUAAUAAUUUUAAAUCGUCUCUGUUGUCUGAAAUUGAAACAAAAGCAAUUUUGUUAACUGACUCUAUUUUAUGUUGCUACAUGUUUUGUCAACACAAACAAUGUAACUUAACAUUAAAUACAAAAAUGCAGAGCAUAUCCAUAGAAGAACUACACCAACUUUGCCUAUUUCAUUUUGAGAGAGCUUACAGCUUUUGUGAGCAUCAGUGAAAAUGGAAAUUUUAUAAGUAUGGUAUAGUUUGCAAGAACAUAAGGUAACUAUGUUUGAGGAAGAUAAUCUAGCCCAUAUUAAUUUAUCCACUUGGAAGAACCAUGUAGCCCUUUCAUCCAAGCUUUCCCCUAUCUUGAGUAUUUGGUUGUUUUAUUAAUGCAGUCAGAGUUUUCAAUUCCCCAACUCUAUUUAAAGUACUAAUUGCUGACUCUGAGAAGAACAGUCUCUAAUCAGUCAAAGUUGUAUUUUUCUUAGUUUGAGUCUCUCAUUACCAAAAGAUAUGUGACAGUGAUACACAACAACUCUCCUGUCCUUUUCCUUUCUGGAAGUGACAAAUUGUUCCAAUUUCUCUGAUAGCCAUGAUAGGAAUGGCAGCUUGUCAUAUGGACAAUUGUUUUGUGGCACAGCAUGUUUGCUGCCAAAAGGUGUCUGAGGCAUGAAGUAUUUAAAAAUUUAAAAGCAUAAAUUGUGAAAAUAUUAUUUUAAAUCAAUAAUCAGUCUCUAAACAUCUAUUUGCGUAAAUAAUUCAGUUAAAUAUGAGAAAAAAUACUCAAUUUUGAUUUAUUUUUUCUUGAGCCCUGAAUAUAUAAAGCUCUAAAUGAACCGAUAGCAUAAUAAGAUCAAAAUACCAAACACAAGUGAAUAAACAGUGAUAAUUUGAAGUGUAUUUUAAUUCUUAAUAUUUAAUAAGAGUGACUCAGCUAAACCUCAUACCCUUAAAUAGUGCAUCACAGCACUUAGUACAUAGGCUCUAAAUUCACUUUUUUGUGUUCUGAUUUGAAUUCCAUUAUAAAAAAAAAUCCCCUUAAAUGAUUAGACUCAAGGGCUUGUACCAGAAAAAUUAAAUUGUCUUUAAUUGACUUCUGUUAAUGAUGGCCAAAAGCAAUUUUUAAAUAUAUUAAUUGAAGUUCAAUUUUCGUCUGAUUGUACUCCAACACCUGCAUUUGCCACAGUGGCAGUGAGUGGAGAGGAUGCUAGUAAUAAUGAUGACAGGAUAUAAAAGUACUCAAUUCAUCACUCCUCUCACUUUUCAUUACCUGCUUUGUUCCUCAGUGGUUGUUCUUUAGCAUCAGCAGCACCAUGACAUUGAAUCUCUGUGACAAUGGCAGAGAGUAAUUUAUGGUUGCAGAAGGGUGAAGCAAUACAGCACCAAUAAAAAGAACACAUUCAAAUUUGCAGGCAUUUUAGGAUCAGUAUAUGCCUAUAUUGCUCGAUAUUUAUUCUCUGUUUAUUUUGCAUUUUGAUUAAUGAAGUUGCCAUCUGAAAUGGGGUUUAUUCCCAAAUGAACCUUGGGGAUUGGAAAUAGUAACCUUGUAAAUCAUAACUAAUUUAAGUUGAAAUUAAGGUAUCUACUGGUUAUGCAUUGUCCCAUUGUCUUAACAUUAAGAAAGUUAUCUAUGAAUGAAAAUAUGAAUGAAAAUCUUUUGAGGUACAGCAUACUGAAUAUUGAUAACUUAAGACAGCACAGGCUACCAAUGUAUUAUAUCACCCUUUUCCAAAAUGUUGAGCAUAUUCUAUGUUUGGCUUCACUAAUCAUAUUUGACUCGUGAUAAGUUUUCCAGACAAACUUUUAAUUGUUCAUGAAAAAAAGUUAAUGUUUAUCACCCUAAUAGAACAAUUUUAUAGAAUACUUUCUGGAUUUUAAUACAAGUUAUGACUUAGACUAUGCAAUUCUUUUUAUUCCAGAAGAAGUUUUUAGAAGUAGACAACCUGUAGGAUGUGAACAAUAUCAAAACUUUUAUAUUUUAUUCCAGAAGAAGUUUUUAGAAGUAGACAACCUGUAGGAUGUGAACAAUAUCAAAACUUUUAUAAUCUUACAUUUCUGAAAAUGAAUAUAGUUGAAUUUUAACAAAUUUAUCAUAGCAAACACCUCUUUUACAGAUUGUAAACUGGGUAUAGAAAAAAACCUUUCCACUAUCAGUAAGCCUACUUUAAAACUUUGCCAGAGAAUGUUAUACUGGCAUUGAGAUAAUAUAAUUCCAUUUCUGCAACCACCUAAUUUUUGAUACUAAUUAUCAUGUAACUAUUAUCAUGAAAAUAGAAAUAAUUAAGAUCGAUUCUAAAUAUGAUACACAUUUCAUGCAGUCUGAUUGUAUUGAUGCUAACUUACAAUACAACAGUUCCCUCAGAUUCUACAAUGCGUCAUUCUGGAAUCUAUUCUAUCCUACCAGGUACCUAUUAUAUUUGAAUGGAUUUUUUUUUUGCUUGGAGUAUGCAGUGAUUAAAUCUGGUAUAGUUUGAAGUGUAUUAUGCAAACAGUCUCCCAUUUUAUUAUAUAAAUGCCUCCAAUUUGCAACUGCAGCAAUUAUCCAACAAAGCUGGGUAUUGGCACCUCAUAAUGCACUUUAUAAUUUGCAGAGACUGCUUUCAUUGAAGUCACAUGUAAAAAUCUCUACAUUCUACAAUUCUAAAUCAUUCAUUAAUCACAUUAAUAAUGCAUGAUGCCACCAAGGGGUGGGUGAUAUAAUAUAUUGGAAGCAAAUAUUGCCAUUUUCCAUAUUACAGUAUCAGUACUGCUGUAUUCAAUGUAUGAUAGUUACAUGGGUACCAAAUGCCUUUUUCUCCAAUGUGUAGAAAAUAUUAAAAUACUUACUAAGAACCUUUUAAGCUGUAUGUGCUUUUUAUCUUAGUACCAUAAAGAAGUCACAUGCUUUAUGAAAACAGUGAACGUUCAUCCCAUCCCCAUAUAUAUAAGUAAUUAGCAGUACUGGUUUUAUCCAUACUGCUUCCUAUAUGUACUGUAUAUGAAAGACUGUAUGUAUAAUUGAGGAUGUAAUCAAUAUCUUUUUUGGGUGUUGGCAGUUUGAUUGGCUGCUACAUAACAGCUAGUGAUGAUUGUGUAUACUGCUUUAUUUAGUGGAAAUAAGCUGUGGGGUAAAAUGUCUCCUCCUUGUGUUCCUGUAAUCAGUUUUGUACUAUGUGGCUCAAUGUUGUUUAGCACACAUGACUGACUGCUUGUUCACCUAAAUGAUUUGAAACUGUACAUUCAACAGGUAGCUUAGCUGAAAAAUGAUUGUUAAAGUCAUUAUGAUGUUGCUUGGUUUCAAAUGUCAUGUGUGCUAAAACAAAGGUUAUUAUAUGACAGCUGCUGAAUUUUUACCAACUUUCUACACUCCUACUGUUUUCUCAGCUGACAGAUAAUAGCUUUUUUUUUAUUAAUUAAAAAAAGAGGAUGGAAUGAAAUGUUUCAUGAUGUACAUAGUUAUAUGGUGCCACCUUGUAAUAUUUUUUUCUUUCUGAAUAAUUCCGAAAAGUAAUUGGGCCUGAAACUUUGUAUAUCACAAUCUUUUGUACAUUUUUAUUUUGCUGCAACACUAAAAACAAAAUCAUUAAAAUAAAUUAUGCCAU